AUGCGACCUCGUCUCCAGAAUUUCAAUGCUUUGAGAGCUCGGUCGUAUUUGACACGGCUACCGCUAUUCACACGAAUUAUUGUUCUUGCUAUCAUUGCUUUGUCGAUCGCGUCACUGCAAUCUGUCUGGAACUUGCGAGAAUGGGGUGCUCUUAUCCCUGAAGAGAUCAGUAUCACAAAUGCAUAUCGACUCUCCACGUUUCCGUUAAUACAUCUGAAUGCCAUCCACGCGAUCCUCAACCUUGUGGCACUUACUCCCUUACUGGAGCGAUUCGAGAACGAACAUGGCACAUUGACAUCCUUGGCUCUGUUCUUUGGACCCUUGACAUCGAUACCUGCUGUAGCCUAUGUCCUGAUCGAGCGAUUCGUCUUCCGAGCAAAUCAUGGGGUUCUAGGAGCAAGCAUGUGGGUGUUCACUCUACUAGCCAUGGAGUCUAUUCGAACAUACAAGACGAACCCUCACUUUAUCAUUGGCACAGUCCAUAUUCCAACCUGGACAACCCCCUUGAUCAUGACUCUAGUAGUUUGGGCAUUAAUUCCCGGUACAAGUCUUCUUGGUCACCUCUGCGGUAUCGCCAUUGGAUACGUUGCUGGCUUUGGCUAUGCCAAACUGCUUGCCCCCCCUGAAUGGGGUCUUCGAUGGGUUGAGAACCGACUCAACCUUCUCAAAAUUCUCCCACACUAUGUUAGCAUCGAUAAGACAACAUAUGGUCGAUUUGGCGUGCUACCCACGACCAGUCGGCCUGGCCCUAGCGGGAGCGCAGCGACAGAGCUUGUUGGCACAACCCAGCGUCUUGGGCCUUGA